GUGCUCCUUUGUAAAACGAGAAAAACAGAGAGAGAGAGAGCACCGCCAAGCUAUAUUAAUGGCGGAAUUCGGAGGAGUUGGGGCAAAGGAAAUGGUUUAAAUGCGAUGGUGAUUGAAGGUCUGGACUCUGGUGCCAUACUCUCUUCAUCAUUCUCUUUAUCAGCGCAAGAGGCUGGUGUCUGAGUGGAAAUAUCUUCUCUGUUUCUUCUUCUGCUAUUUUAGAGCUGUUCCAAUUCUGACUGAAAGAUGAAGGGUAAAGAUCCUAAAUCAGUGGCUAACAAUGAUAGAAGCUCCAGGAUGGUUCCUAUGACUUUAAUGUUUUUAGUCCUAUGUGGAUUUUCAUUCUAUCUUGGGGGCAUAUACUGCUCUGAGAAGAACAGAUUCUUUAUGAAGGAUGUGGCACCAGCAAUUCAGCCUCGAAAGGAAAUAACUGUUGCUCCUCUUCAAAUGAAGCCUCUUGUGAUCCCCGAAUGUAGCAUGGACUAUCAAGAUUACACUCCAUGCACUGACCCAAAGAAGUGGAGGAAGUAUGGUACUUACAGAUUAUCUCACAUGGAACGACACUGCCCACCAAUCUCUGAAAGGAAGGAAUGCUUGGUUCCUCCACCUGACGGUUACAAACCUCCAAUUAAAUGGCCAAAGAGCAGAGACGAAUGUUGGUACAGAAAUGUACCAUAUAACUGGAUAAACAAUAGAAAAUCUAAUCAGAAUUGGCUGAGGAAAGUUGGGGAGAAGUUCCGUUUCCCUGGUGGAGGCACCAUGUUUCCCAGAGGAGUUGGUGAAUAUGUUAACUUAAUGCAAGCUUUGAUUCCUGGAAUGAAGGAUGGUACUAUCCGGACCGCCAUUGACACUGGGUGUGGGGUUGCUAGUUGGGGAGGUGAUUUAUUGGACCGUGGAAUCUUAACUGUUUCUCUUGCGCCUAGAGAUAAUCAUGAAGCUCAAGUACAGUUUGCCCUUGAGCGUGGUAUUCCUGCAAUUUUAGGCAUCAUUUCUACUCAACGCCUGCCUUUCCCUUCUAAUGCAUUUGAUAUGGCCCAUUGUUCCAGAUGUCUUAUACCAUGGACAGAAUUUGGUGGAAUUUAUCUUAUGGAAAUACACCGGAUAUUAAGGCCUGGUGGCUUCUGGGUGCUUUCUGGACCACCUGUAAACUAUGAGAACCGGUGGCAAGGAUGGAACACUACAGUGGCAGAACAGAAAAGUGAUCUUGACAAGCUAAAGAAGUUGAUGGCCAGUAUGUGCUUUAAAUUAUACAAACUAAAAGGCGACUUUGGUGUUUGGCAAAAGCCUACUGACAACAACUGUUAUAAUAAGCUCAGUCCUGAUUCCUAUCCGCCAAAAUGUGAUGCCAGUUUGGAUCCAGAUUCAGGAUGGUAUGUUCCACUUCAUCCAUGUCUGACUAUCCCUGGCCAAAACUUCAAGAAGUUGGGACUGGAAUCUACCUCAAAAUGGCCUGAUCGGCUGCAUGUUGUUUCUGAACGUGCAUCCAUGGUUCCUGGAGCAAUCUCUGGGGGACUCAACCAUGAUUAUAACAAAUGGAAGGCCAGAGUGAAACACUACAAGGCACUGCUUCCUGCUCUUGGGAGUGACAAAAUUCGAAAUGUUAUGGACAUGAAUACCUUGUUUGGAGGAUUUGCAGCAGCUCUUAUAGAUUCUCCCAUUUGGGUCAUGAAUGUUGUCUCAACCUAUGGUCUAAAUUCCCUCGGUGUGGUCUAUGAUCGGGGACUGAUCGGUACCAAUCAUGAUUGGUGCGAGGCGUUCUCAACAUAUCCUCGAACUUAUGACCUGUUGCAUCUUGAUGGCUUGUUCACCGCAGAAAGUCACAGGUGUGAAAUGAAAUACGUCCUCCUUGAGAUGGAUCGCAUCUUACGUCCAAAUGGUUAUGUGAUAAUCCGUGAAUCCAACUAUUUCAUAGAUGCUAUAACCACUAUUGCAAAAAGUUUGAGAUGGGGUUGUCAGAAGCAUGAUACAGAGUACAAUGUGGAGAAUGAGAAGUUGCUGAUUUGUCAGAAGAAACUCUGGUACUCCAAGAGUACUCAGCAAUGAACUACGAAGGUAAAAUAAGUAAUCAAGGUGCUGUAUUAUCUCAAUUAACUCUAUUCCAGUGAGUAAACAUCAAGAUUGGUUGAGUAUAUAAUUCAUCUCAAGCAAAUUUUGGAAUUGUUCCAUGAUUUGCUGAAAAUUAUUGAGUUGAUAGCACCCCUGGAUAGAGAUUACCAGUAUGGUUCUAUUCUUCAGUUUCUGUUUCUUUGAGAUUUUUUGUCAAGAGAAUACCAAUACAAGGGGUCAAAUUUAUGAUGAUGUAAAACAGUAAAAGAAUGAGUCAUGAGCAAUUGUACUUCAUAUAUUGGCUCAGUUGAAGUUUUUGAGGGUGUUCGACCAAUAUUUGAGAAUUGCCAAUGUACUCUUCUUCUUUAACUCUCAAGCAUAAAGCAAGCGUUUGCUUCAGUUUAGUCAGCUAAAUGUUCUUUA